CGUUCAGGUGUCCAGCCGGUGCUUCAGAACAUGAGUAAACAUUUAAAAUACAUGAUGAAGUCAGUUAAACUUUACACUGACUUUACACUUUACAUAAUGACUGAUAAGAUCAAUAUGGAUCAUUACAAACAUUUGUUUCAAACUGAAACUUGGACUCUUAAGAUUCAAGUUAUCCUAAACGAUUUGACCACUAGGUGGCGCCAUUUACUUUUGUCAAACUACUUGAACGUUCACCUUUGCAGUUUGUGAUCAUUUAUCUUAGAAGGUGGAAAGAAUUAAAAAACAACAAUGCAGGACUAUAGGGGAAACUAUGUCUGAAAUAAUCACCUGACAGCUGUUAGGCAACAAACAACCGAUAGCACGUUAACAACAGCAUUUUAAACGUCACAGGCAGAUGUGGGUGGUUGUGUGUAAAGGUAUCAUAGGACACACAGAGCAUCAUAUGCAGGGACACGUGUCACAUUGCUUUGCUACGCAGCCCGUCUGGGUUUCUGCUAAUGAUGCUGCUUGUGCAGAGUACUCCAGCGCAGUGGACACGCGCAUCCUGAACAUCGAGAGAGACGGCCAUAUUCUGUACUCCUGGAAGGUAACGGUGCUUCAUACGUGUGUGAUUGGAGCGACAGAAACCACCAGGAUCGGGAAAUACGACCCGGUCACCAAACACAACAAGCUCCUGUACUCGUUCGACAAGCAGGUGUGCGUCAGCAGCUGCUCGCUGAACAAGGAGGAGACUCUGUUAGCCGUCAGCUUGGCCCAAAGCACCGCGGGAGCCGAGCGCCUGAAACCACUGUCCAAGUGCCUCACCCUCCUGAUCGAGAUCAGUCCCAUCAACAACACCAAGGUCCUGAAGGCCGUGGACUGCAGGGUCAAAGUGCAGUUCCUCCACCAGGAAGGCGACAGGAGGCCGGUGCUGGAGAGCCACCUGCUCCUGCUGACAGAGGACGGAUAUGCAGACCUGUACCACGUGCUGCUGGCCAAACAGGAGGGCUACAGGGUGGUGAUGGCGAAUGCGGAGCGUUUGGCCAAAACGGCGGAGAGGCUGGUGGAGGAUUUCAGCUGGGUGCAGUGGGAUGGACACGCGCAGAGGCUCUACUACCUGACGCACAAGGACAAGUUCCUGCUGCGAUGUGUCCAGUUUUACCCAAACCACAGCUGUGACACUGUGCUGGAGCUUCCGUUGGAGCUGCCUGCUGACGCUUUCCCUGCAGUCAAGUUCGUCAACCUGGGCUUUGACCAUUAUCACACAGAGGGACCGGAGCAGGAGCUCGUUCGACUAGAGGUGUUCACAGAGACAAUAGGGAGCAUGUGCGUCUGCUACAGUCAGCCCUCCAAACACAAACAGGAGCUGAUCUACAGUUUAAUUUUAGUCCACAAAGACUGCAGGAAGACGUUCAGGGUUGCGCUGGGCGCUGAGCGGACCCAGCAGAGAGCAGAGCAGCUCCAGCCCGUCUUCAUCCCCAUAGGUUACUACAUCCUGGUGUAUCUGCAGGACUAUUUCCUCCACUGUAUCAACACCAGGCAGCAGGAGAUGCUCUGUCACUCGCUCUUCUUCUCCGGAGAGGAUGUGGACCUGGGCUUGCAGUGUCAGCCAGCUGACAUCACUGUGCUGCAUGCGGAGGAAAAGUCCUGCUGCAGUUUGUUGGACCUGGCCAGCGGCACCAUUCACGUCGUCGAGCUCAGCCCUGCCUACCUGCUGCAGGUGCUGAAAUCAAACACUCCUUCCAGGUGCCCCGGCAGGAAGGCUGACUCUCAGUGUCUGGCUGCUCUCCACUGCCUGCUGGUUUACAUGGGAAAGGACCCAAACCUGGAGCUGAAGAUCAUUGAAUGGCUGUGUGACAACGUGAACGCCUUCGAGUGCUUUGAUCAGAUCCAGGAGUUCAUCCUGGCCUCUCUGUUCAGAAUAAGCUAUGAGAAGUCUCUCAGUCUGGAUAAAGUCCUGCCCUAUUCCUCUGUUUUCAACAAGAAGGAGGUGCCCGCGUGUCUGUCCACGGUCCCCGGUGUGGUGUGCACCACUGAUCUGCAGAUUGAGUCUGAGGUAAAAGGGAAGGGUUUCUGGGCAGAGCUGCAGUGGAACACAGAGCGAGUGAACUAUCUGGACAACGUUCCCCACCCCAGAUACCAAACCACCGCCGGUCCCGUACAGCAGGGCUCUGAGAGGAGGCCCUCCAGCCACAUGAAUCACCUGGAGGACAACACAAAGAAAGUUCUAUCGAUGGUGGACACCUGGUGUCUCGAUAAGAAGCUGGUGCCGCUGUUCCAGGAGGAGGACCAUCAACAGAGGGCGCUCAUAGGACUGGUGAGAGAGAGAGAACGUGAACAACGUGUUUACAGGCUGAGUUUGUACGGUCGACAAGCUUCGAGAACAUCUCAACAGACACCUGCCUCAUCUGGGAAAGAAGAAAACCGACUCGCUGGUUGUCAGCUACGUAGCCAAACUGGAUGUGAGUGGGGCCGAGCCUCUUCCUGUUAUUUGACACCAGAUGACACUGUGGCUCGUUGGAGGAAAGGAGGAACGCGUUGUGGCGCUCGACAGACUCGCCUCCGAUUGGGUCAAGUGCAUUCAGAACAUCUCGUUUGCCACCUCUGUGAAGUGACGCGGGGGCGAGCUGCGCUGCUCAUGUUCAAGAACUGGGAAGGAAAAGAGAAGGAACUGGAGCUGAUCAGACACAUGCUGGAGACGGUCUGGCUCAAGUAUGACCUCGGCUCUCAUGUUUUGUGCUUGACGCAGCAGGGCACUCCUGCCGAGUGGUCCGUCCUUCACUUCAUGUUUCGAAUCCUGGAAGCUACGAGGGGUCUCAGCCUUCCCCUCCCACCUGGCUAUCACACCCUGUUAGCGGUGUUUGCCGUGCGCUGCCUCCCCCAUCACACUUUCCUCCAGUACAUUGACCACGGCUUCCUGCAGCUCACCGAAACCUUUGUGUCUCGACUCAUGACAGACUUGGACAACAGUGAUGCGAACGAGAGGCUGAAGUUCAGCGUGGUAAAGAGACUCCCUCAGCCCAUGGAGCAAAGAAUCUACCAUAUGUGGGAUCAUCCAGUCAGUUCAGCAUCAAUCUCCAGAGAUUAUGUCAGGACUCUGCUGGAGAGAAACAACAAAAACAAGGGAUUUGCAUCCUCGGGCAGAGACAAUCCCGGCUUCAGACCAGACUUUCUGCCUCUAACCUACCUGGCAAAAAUACUCUCUGAUAUAGAGGCAAAAGCUCCGAACCCAUUUGAGGAGCAGGAGAACGUGGAUGCUCGGUUUGUGGAGGAGACGGCUCUGAAACAGACACUAAUACUGCUGGGCUUUGAGGAGAAGUGAAGAAUGUGGAGGAAGGCAGGAGAAGGGGGUGGAGAGGGACUGAUGGAUGGAGGGAGAAACAGAUGAGGGGGAAAAUGUGUUUGAGAGAACAGUCAUCAUCGACUGGGCCUUGAGGACACGAAACAGAUGGAUGGAUGAUGAAGGGCGAGACGUGAAAGAUGAAUGGAGAGAUUGAGAGGCAGAGUUCUCAUAAACAAGCUCUCGCUGUUUGAUGACGAAUCAGGGUGGGACGGAGGGAUGGAUGGAUGGAGGCGGCCGCGGAGAGACAGACGGAGGCGAGAACGGGAGUCACCCUGUUUCUCACAGCAAACACUGGCGCGUGUGGGGGUCGGCACGAGCAGCACACCAACUCACAAGACAACAGGGAACCCGGUUGGAGAUUCAGCUCAGUUUCUGGAAGCAUGGUUUUAAAUAUUUAUUGAAAAUCAAUAACUGCAGGCAGCUGUUUAUAUUAACUCAAUUUCUGGAGCAGCAACAAUUCUCUCCUGUGCCCCGGCAACUUCUCCCUACUUUCUUUCGUUACAAUUUAUGAACGCCGAUGUUAAACCCUGUGCACGGUAUUUAUAAAUCACGUGCACUUGUUUGUCCUCCCGUGCUUCCUGUUGCCUCGCUGCACCCCAUCAACUUGAUUACAUGCUGACAAGAGCUGUGCAGACACACCGGCUUGAUACGGUCUGUCAUCAGCUGCUGUGCGUUAGACGUGACUGAGCGCUCUUUGCCCAGUAUCUGGGUAAUCGGAAUUAAAUAGUGACUUUUUAUAGCAAAUACACACUAUCACUCUACACAGAAUCUAAAUUAUGUCUAUGUGGAGAUCAUCCAAGAACUAAGAGGCUUUGGAGGGACUCUGGCCAACAGAUUGUAAAAACUGGCCAAAUUAUCCAAUUAAGUUUGUGUGAUUUAUUCAUAAGCCACUGCUGCAGCCACGUGGUUCAACAUGACCUGUAGCUACUGUUGGCAAACUUCAUCUCAAUAUUGCUCUGGAGAAGCCUUCCUCUGCCAAUCCAACAUUAUUACUGCAUGCUUAUUAUUGACUUUUUAACCAGAGGUCAAAAGGUCAUGAUAAAACAAACUUCUGGUUUAGUACUUUACUAAACUUUACAGUACGUUUAGUACUGAAAAACUUAACAACUACAAACUAAACAAGACAGAAGAGCUACAGUAAGAAAGCACUGACAACUGAAAUUAAAUUCUAAACAGACUGACGCCAUGUCUGCUUUCAAUAAUGUCACAUGCCUUAACUCAUGACAGCCUUUACUGUAAGGCAGGAAGUUCUUUGGUGUGUGUGUGCAUGUGCAUGUGUUUGGAUUUACUGUUAGCGUGUGAAUGUUGGCACACUAACACCUGGCAUCUGAAACUACAAACAAGAUGAGUUACAUCAUGUUUGCGAAGUGGCUUUACAAAGCGUUGCUCUGGAAAAAAAGGGAUUUCUUAGUUAUCUGUUUUUGUGUUUAUGAGGCCGAUGUUUUUGAGGAUGAACUGUAGAUGAAGAGAUUUUUUUUUGUCAUACUGUUGAAGAUCUUGGUGUACAGAGCUGCCAUGUGGGCUUAUGUCCUUCUCAACCUUGAACAAGUGAGGGUGUGAAGCCUCAAGACAAAUUAGGUAAUAAAACAAUUAGUAGUGUGAAAAGCUCUGCAGAGGA